AGGAAGCAUUAUUUAUUUAUUUUUGUUGAGAUUUGAGAGGAAACAAUCCAAAGACAAAGGCGGCUUUAAGCUUAGUUUUGCUUUGCUUGUCAAGUUAGCUUUGGUUUUUCCUCUUAAUCUUCUUUCAUAAAACGACAAAUAUAAACAGAACAUAAACAUUUUUUUUUUCAUUAUUAUUAUUAUUAUCAUCAUUGUUUUCUUUCCUUUUCUUUUCCUUUUCUUGUUUGGAUCGGAUCUGGAAGAGCUUAGGAGAAGAGAAACACAAAAACAAGGAAAAACCUCCCAAAGAAAAAGCUGUGUCACUUUUCUCUUCAAAAAAACAGCUUUUUUUUUUCCUUUAGUGUGUUUUUCAUUUCAUGAAAGAUUUCACCUUGCCUUGCAUUGUUUUCUCUGUUCUAUGAUCAGUGGUAGGUGCUGUUGAAUUGUUCAAUGGAAUCACUUGUUAUUUCUUCAUCAAAGAGUCAAAAUCCUGGUUCUGCUAUAGGCAACAAUAACCCUCCUUCAACAUCUGGGACGCCUAGGCCUUCUCGGCCUCCAUCUCCCAAACAAUCUAGAAAUGAAAGGCCUUCUUCUACAUCCCAUGUAACUACUCUUAAUCACGGUGUCAGGAUUGUUCGACAUCCAAAUGGUUCUAUAGGCUAUCAAAAGCAUUCAUACAAAACAGCCUAUGACAACUUGCAGCUUGAAGAAUUGCCUAAUAUGGCAAAACACUAUCAGGAUUCGAGUAAGGGCAAAUCUGAAUUGGUGGGAAAGAAUGAGGUUCUUAUUUCUAGCCAGACGAAGAUGUUGCCAGUGCAAGGUAAACCUUCCUUCAAACAUCUCAUUGAUGAUCAUAAGAGUUCGAAUUCAAGUGGUUCAUUGGAAUCUGAAAAAAUUGUACCAGGUUCAUGUAAAGGAGGUGUUGUGCAGUUGAACAACCAUAUUGUAUCCGAAUCAGAGCCAAACUUUUGUCCAAGUCCUUCAAAUAGUAUGUGCACUGGCACGCAUUAUACCGAAGCCAAACAAAGUUUCACCAAUACAGAAUUUAGUGAAUGUGCAAGUAGUGUUGACAAGUCUGGUGAGAGUGGUGAAGUGAGUAAUUCCUGCGAUUUAGUUGAGAGUAGGAAGACAAGCAUCUAUAGAGGGAGCACUGGUAGUGAUGUUAGUGAUGAGAGCAGCUCUAGUGGUCUAAGCAGUGCCAUCUACAAGCCCCACAAAGCAAAUGAUAUAAGAUGGGAAGCAAUUCAAGUUGUCAGAUCUCGUAAGGGAGACUUGGACUUUAAGCACUUUAGGGUGCUGAGGAGACUGGGAUGUGGGGAUAUAGGCAGUGUUUAUCUGUCGGAAUUGACUGGAACUAAAACUUAUUUUGCCAUGAAGGUUAUGGAUAAAGCUCUUUUGGCAAGUCGUAAGAAGCUUCUCAGAGUCCAGACAGAGAGAGAGAUUCUCCAAUCUCUUGAUCAUCCCUUCCUACCAACCUUGUAUACACACUUUGAGACAGAGAAGCUUUCUUGCUUGGUGAUGGAGUUCUGCCCUGGCGGAGACUUGCACGCUCUCAGACAAAGACAACCUGGAAAGUACUUUUCAGAACAGGCUGCCAGAUUUUACGUGGCAGAAGUUCUCCUUGCUUUGGAGUAUCUGCACAUGCUUGGGAUCAUUUACAGAGACCUUAAGCCGGAGAAUGUUUUGGUGAGAGAAGAUGGACACAUAAUGCUUUCAGAUUUUGACCUCUCUCUUAGAUGCGCUGUCUCUCCUACUCUGGUCAAAUCUUCAAACCCAACCCUGGGAUCAAAAAAUUCAGCAUACUGUGCUCAGCCUGCAUGCAUUGAGCCAACUUGUGUAAUGCAGCCAGAUUGUAUCCAACCUGCAUGUUUUGGACCACGUUUCUUUUCAAGCAAGCCCAAGAAAGAAAAGAAGAGCAAAGCAAAGAAUGAAACAAAUCAUCAAGUAAGUCCUCUUCCUGAGCUCAUUGCUGAACCUACCAAUGCUCGAUCAAUGUCCUUUGUGGGCACUCAUGAGUACUUGGCACCUGAGAUCAUUAAAGGUGAAGGCCACGGAAGUGCCGUAGAUUGGUGGACAUUUGGGAUCUUUCUGUAUGAACUUUUGUUUGGUAAAACCCCAUUCAAGGGUGCAGGGAACCGGGCAACUCUCUUUAAUGUGGUUGGCCAGCCAUUGAGAUUUCCAGAGUAUCCAAAUGUGAGCUUUGCUGCUAGGGACUUGGUCAGAGGUUUACUAGUAAAAGAACCACAGCAUCGGCUUGCUUAUAGGCGUGGUGCUACUGAAGUUAAACAGCAUCCAUUCUUUCAGAGUGUGAAUUGGGCACUCAUUCGUUGCGCAAAUCCACCCGAAGUGCCAAAGCUAGCCAUGAUGGACUUUUCUGCCAGAACCGACAUGGCAAAAGUACCUGUCGAUGACAAGGUUCCAGGUGUAGAUGUGAAACCUUCAGGUAAUUAUUUAGAGAUUGAUUUCUUUUAAUUCUGUGAUUAUUUUUCUCUCUUAUAAACAAUGUUUCCACCAUCACCUCAGUCAAAUCGUUAGUUCCUUGUGUAGCA